ACCAGUCAGCAACAGCGUGCCCGUCCCGAUGCUCGAAGAUGCAGCGUUUUGGUAACAGAUCGCAUAGGCUGAACUCACGUUGCGGUAUUUAACGCAUCCACCUGCACUGCAUAGAAUACAUUUUUCUGGAGGACUAGCGAACGAUGGACCUGCACAUCUUGGACCAUAGAUUAAGAGUCACAUCCAUCAGUAAAUCGGGACCUGAACAGUACACACACCCCCUAAUCAAACUGAUAUUUCUCAGAAACCGGACGAGAUGCAAAUUUUUCAGUCUCACAGAGACUCCGGAAAAUUACACCGUUGUCCUCGAUGAGGAAGGAUUUAAAGAGCUCCAGCUGUCUGAGCACUUACAGGUGGAGGGCUCCACUUGGCUCCCGCUCAAUGUCGUCUCCAAUGGCAACGCCUCCAGCAGCUCACAGGCCGUGGGCGUCACCAAGAUCGCUAAAUCUGUGAUCGCUCCAUUGGCCGAGCAGCAUGUGUCCGUCUUCAUGCUCUCCACCUAUCAGACCGACUUUAUUCUGGUGCGAGAGAAAGACCUGGCGGUGGUGGUGGAGACUCUAGCGGAGGAGUUUAAUGUUUUCAGAGAGGAGGGAGGAGAGUCAGUGCCUGUCCACAGUCAGGACGCCUGCAACGGCCUUCAGCGAAACGGCAGAGAGGUUCCACAUGCAACAGUUCAUCCGGUGCUGAUUCCAGAAAAUCAUUUUUGCGUAAUGAGCUUGGAUCCAGACACACUGCCAGCGAUUGCCACAACCCUCAUAGACGUUCUGUUUUACUCUAACAGAUCUAAAGAGGAUGCCAGUGUUGAUCAGGACAUGGAAUGUAUCGUGUUUUUCUCCUUCUCUCUGAUUGAUGGAUACAUCUCUUUGGUGAUGGACACAGAAGCACAGAGACAAUUCCCCACUGAUCUCCUCUUCACCAGCUCUUCUGGUGAGCUAUGGAGGAUGGUGAGAAUAGGAGGACAGCCACUCGGCUUCGAUGAAUGUGGGAUAGUUGCUCAGAUCUCUCAGCCUCUUGCAGACAGUGAUAUAUCAGCGUAUUACAUCAGCACCUUCAGCUUUGAUCAUGCUCUGGUGCCAGAAGAAGAUUUAGCGAGUGUGACUGAGAUGCUUCAAGCUCAGAGGAUGUCCAGUUGAAAAAGUGUAGAAAAAAACCUAACCGGUGGAUGGUAGAUCUUAUUUGAGCCACUUCCACUCAGUAUUACUCCGCAACCUGCGGUGAUUCAGUCACUGCAUCUGAAAGCUUGGGCUUAAAACAGGCCUAAACUAAAACAGUGGCAUUUUGCUUUGAAAUGACAUUUUUGCAGCAUGUUAAUGAUCGAUUAUUUUAAGCAUAUUUUUAACUUAACUGAAUUAUGUUUAUUUCUUAAUUUUCGGGGUAAGGAUAACUAGGGAUGUGCCGGUUUCAGAAUUGGUGAUGACGGUUAUGACGCGAGUCAAAAGUGACGGUUCAUAACAUAACCGCCGGGGGGGGGGGAUCUGCCGUAGAGUCAAUUGGUUGUUCUUGGAGAUAGCGGGUUAACUCCGUAUCAGCGCCACUCUGAUCGGUAAAGGGGCAGAGAUUUCAGACCUCCGUUUAUUAAAACUCAUCACAAAACUCAUCAUCCGCACCAACGUUUUUUGAGCAAAUUUCAAAGCCGCACCCGCCCGCCAUCCACUGAUUGUUUUGCGAUGCAAUGCUUUGCUGAUGCGAGCCGCAAAAAAAGCCAUUGUCUGUUCUAGAAAGGAUGCAGCAAAGAUAUUUAAUGCUAAUGUAUGAGGCAUAGGCCUACGCUGAGUUUCAUUUACAAUGAGAUGCGCUCUAGUUCACAGUGCAGUGCAAGUGAACGCGGCGCGCUGGUGCUUCCAUGUCACGGUUAUCAUUGUCUGCUAUAUUUGCUUUUUAUUUAUUAAAAUACAUGCAAUUGGUUGAUGAAACAUUUAUUAAAAUUAAGAUAAAAUUUGUACAAAACGAAAUUCGUUUUUAAGAAAGGUUUUCUACAAAGCAAAAUUUUAUGAAGUGGUAAAUAUCAUGUCUGACGAUUUACAAAACUUCAUUAAGUGGUAAAACCAUGUCUCCCAAUAUAUUGCGCAUCUUAUGAUCCUAUCUAAAAAAUGAAAAUAAUUUUUGAUAAAAAAUGUUUGUAAAAAAUAUUUUAAUGACACGGUUUUGGUGGUUAUAGAGUUCUAAUGACGGUGUUCAACUAUAACCGCCGGUCUCACGGUUAUAUACUAACCGUCACACCCCUAAGGAUAACACAAUGUUCUAUAAUAUGCAACUGGAAAUUCCCUUUGGUUUAGCUGCUGUCAUUAUGUUCUGCAAAAAUCAUUAUUCCUUUGAGUAUUGCACACAGACGUCUUCCAGUAUUGUCAGAAUCAGGUUUUUUUUUCUUAAGUAACCCUGUUUAAGGUUAAGCUAAAUACAUGUUAUUGUUGUAACAACUUAUGGUGUCACUGAAACAUUGCACUUAGAAAAGCAGUUACUGAAUCAGCAAAUACCAAAGUCAUACUGUUAUGAAUGGCUCUUGCAUCAAACCAUAUUUACACAAAGUUGGGUAAAUCUCUCAAAAACAUAUCCAGCUCAUAUUUCACCCCAAAAACGAAAUCUUAAUGUACAAACUAUAUUUUGCUGAAAGGAAUAGUUCUGAGAAACACAUCUCAUGCUCACCAAUGGGUCCUCUGCAGUGAAUGGGUGCCGUCAGAGUUGGAGUCCAAACAGCUGAUAAAAACAUCACAAUAAUCCACAAGUAAUCCACAUGUCUCCAGUCCAUAAAUUAACAUCUUUUGAAGUGAAAAGCUGUUUGCGUUAUUAAGGGGGUUUUAAUUUUAGACCGCUGCUUUUGGUCAAAAUACCUGUCCAUUAUCCCAAAUAACACUUCCUCCGCUUCCUUGUCGUCGCACAUCAAAAUCCACCAACAUACUGUAUGUGUUCAGAAUUGUUUGGACUGUUUAUGCUUGUAAACUGUGCCUGAUCUGUGAAUAUUUCUAUUCUGAUUCAGACAAGAUUACUUUUUCACUGGAGAAAGCAAUUUUAUGGAUGGAGGACUGGCAUUUUAAGUGAUUGAAAGCAAACGAUGAGAUCAUCUUGAUGGAUGUUUUUCUUACAAACACAUAAAUAUUAAAUGUAGGACUGGAGUCGUUUGGAUUA